CGAACUGUUCUUCACACCACCGUGUAAUGAGGUGCUCCUAUAAAACUAAGACCCAUUUCCCACCUUCUGUUAUCCUCGUUCAACACACACUAAAAAUCGCUACUUUUCAAGUUCCGCCAGUCACUUUCCGGAAAUCUUCUCCGAGAAGUGCAAUAUUCGAUGACGGGCAUCUGUUUUUGGAUCAUAUAAAGAGACGGGUUGGAUCAUGCAAUUCAAAACCAUGUGAUUGCAUUUUAAAAGAUUCCACAGAGAGAGAGAGAGAGAGAGAGUGCUUAGGAGGGAACUGUUUCAAAAACGGUUCUGAAUAAGCUUGUUGCGAGUUGAGACAACCAGCAGGUUCAAAUUCGAAUGCCGAAGCAGCUAAAGCGCUGAGGAGCACUCCACAAGCUCGACAAUUUCAGCAAUGGAAAAAUUGUCAAUUUUGGAUGAAAAUUCUCAGCCCGCUUGCCGAGCUUCACCUUCUUUGGCCGAUCGACAUGACCAAUCCACCACUGAUACCGAGACCCCGAUGAGUGCAGACUCUUUCAUGUUUUGCCGCACUAACUCAGAGGCCUCGACAUAUUCGGAGCAGACAGACGAUAACUGUUCCUCUAGCGAGCCUUCCCCCUUGUGCUGGCCGAGUGUCAAGUCCGGACGCCAUAACCAUAUCACAUUUGACGGACUCGAUGUGAAGCAGCAAAAGCAGUGUCUAGAAGAGAAGCUAUACAAUCUUGAAUCAUCGGAUUCAGCUGGUGUAGAGCUUGAGAUUAUAAAGGAGAGAUUCGCAAAGCUUUUGUUAGGAGAGGACAUGUCCGGGAGUGGGAAAGGAGUCUGCACAGCUGUGACAAUCUCUAAUGCCAUAACCAAUCUUUAUGCUACUGUAUUUGGGCAAAAUUUAAGGUUGGAGCCUCUGAAUCCCGAGAAGAAGGCGAUGUGGAAGAGAGAAAUGAACUGCCUUUUAUCGGUCUGCAACUACAUCGUGGAAUUUGCCCCCACCUUGCAGACUUUACAGGACGGCACGACUGUCGAGGUGAUGACAAGCAGACCGAGAUCGGACAUAUUCCUCAACCUCCCCGCAUUGAGAAAGCUCGACGCGAUGCUUCUGGAAAUAUUGGACAGCUUCCAGGAGACAGAAUUCUGGUAUGCUGAGCACGGGACCGUGUCACCGAACUCGACUUGUAGGGGAUCGUUCAGGAGAGUUAUUGCGCAGCGCAAAGAAGAGAAAUGGUGGUUGCCUGUUCCAUGCGUAAGUCCCGGAGGCCUAUCGGAGAAGACGAGGAAGCAUUUGCAGCAGAAACGCGACUGCGCAACUCAAAUCCACAAAGCGGCAAUGGCAAUCAACAGCAGUCUCCUAGACGAGAUGGAUAUCCCAGAUUCUUACAUGACAUCUCUUCCAAAGAGUGGAAGAGCGAGUGUUGGAGACACAAUAUACAGAUAUAUACACGCAGCCGACAAAUUCUCUCCAGAUCGUCUACUGGACUGCCUCAACAUAUCGACAGAGCACGAAGCACUCGAUCUAGCGGACAGAGUCGAAGCUUCGAUGUAUACAUGGAGAAGGAAGGCAUGUAUUAGUCAUUCGAAACCAUCAUGGACCAUGGUAAAGGAUUUCAUGCUGGAGACCGGCCGAAACGACAAAAACUAUAUGUUAGCAGAGAGAGCAGAAAGCUUGCUGCUUUCCCUGAAGCAGAGGUAUCCGGAGCUCUCUCAGACAAGCUUGGACAUAUGCAAGAUCCAAUACAACAGGGAUGUGGGACAAGCAGUGCUAGAGAGCUACUCAAGGGUCCUGGAAGGUCUGGCGUUCAAUGUCGUUGCCUGGAUCGAAGACGUGCUCUUUGUAGAUACAUCCAUGAGGAGCCAAGAUCAGUAGGAAACAGUUGGCGCGGUCUGCAUGAUAGCUCACGUAUUCUUAAGUUUCAAGCAUAAAGCUGAGCGUAAAUCUGUAAACAAGCUUUCUUCGUAGUGUAUAGCCCAAUUAGUUAAGCAGUUCGCUUUUCUUCGGCUGUAUAUCAGACAGUUCAUCAUGACGACGUACCAUGCCGUAGCGAAUAUAGCUACUUUGCAUUGA